AACAAGUAAAUAGAAAUCUUUUAGUGACCGAGAUGGUAAACUUUUGUGAGAUUUGUGUCUGUUCUACAUAUGUUGUUUGUAGAAAUAGAUUUUCACCGGUUCUGUUCAUAGUUACAUUGUAAUAUGACAUGCAACAGAUAUCUUCGUUUGUAGAAUGAAGUAUUGUGACAAUAUUUUUCUAGGGCUGCAGGCAUCACAUCAUAGAAUAAGGUCUUUAGGCUCUUAAUACGAUAUCCUUAUAAGUCAUAAAGAGAAAGAAAAAAGAUAUAUUGGCAAACCACACUUUACCAGCAAUGGCUGAGGAUUGUAGUAAAGUGAGAAAGAUAUUUGUUUCGGUGUCACCAUCUGAGUAUGACAGUUCACCAAGGAACGGAGUCAAGAUGCCAGAUCAUGUUGCACCAACUUCCUUGCCCUUUGAUCAACCAGAAGUAAGUGGUGGAGAAGAACCUUCAAAUGAUCCUGGGCCGAGUACAAGACCCAUAAAGAGAAGGAAGAAAUAUCACACGAUGGCAGAUGAAUAUCGCUUGAAUCGUAUAAUGAGGGAUAAGGAUUUCAAGCUAGAAAGGAGUAAUUUCUACAGUUUCAAGGAUACUCUGGGAGACUGGGAUGAAAGGGCCACUCAGUUUUUGAUACAGCUUAUGCAGAAAUACCCUAAAUGUCAUUUCAUUCUGUCCUCCAAAACGGAGAAGAGAAUGGUCCAUUGGGAAGCUGCUCACAAGGAAAUGGAAAUGGCUGGCUACACUUUCACAAUUCUCCAGCUUCGUAUGAGAUGGAGAGAGGUCCUACAGAAGUACAGAUGGACAGUUGAUUACAAUGACACUCAUGAAAUCAAGAAGAGGUGUGAAUACUUUGAUGAAAUGAACCAUCUCUUUGGUGAGUGGGAUAGUGAUGCCACCAGUUCAUUGCUAAACCAGAUGCACCGAGUUAAACUAGAAAACAUUAACAAGAAGAUCAUGCGAAUUGGUUUCAGUGGGUGGGAGAAGAUCACUGAGAAUAUCAAUUGUGAUGGAUAUAGAUUCUCGGUGGACAUGGUUGAGGCUCGGUGGCGCAACCUGGUAACAAUGUACAAGACCAUGGUUGACCACAAUGCCCUGCCCAACGUUGAGGCUUACACAAUUGCGUACAAGGAGGAUUUGGAAAAACUUGUAAAUUAUGUUCCCAAACGUAGACAUAAUUAUGAGAAAGUAAAAGGACGCUCAGUAAAGAUUGAGCGAUUCCCCUCAAAUGGAUCCCGAAUUUUACUGCAGGCAUACAAAGAGUCUGUGAAAAGGUUCAUGGAUCCCAACAUAGACAACAAUCUUCUCUGGGAUGAAAUAACUGAGAAACUGAAAGAGGAGGGCCUGGAUGUUUCUGCAUAUAAAGCAAAGGAAAUCCUCAAUGGCAUGAUAAAGGGAUUUGAAAAAUGCCAGUAUCACAACAGCCUUCCUGGAGCCAUAAGGAGAGAUGUCCCUUAUUACCGACAACUUGCUGAAAUUUUUGGAGUUUGUGGCAGGUGGCCUCACACUCAGACGUCAAGAACAAUGAAGAUGAGAAAUCUGAGGAAGUUCAGAUUGCGACUGCAGGCCAGUCAGCAGCUGUGGUCUUCAGAGGAAUCUCGCACUCUGCUCCAAGUAUAUCCGCACGUGUUAGAGGGUCAUGUGAGCCAAACUCUAAGUUACCAGUCAAGUGAUCUCUGGCUGCAGGUAGCCAAGGCUUAUGCUGCAACGGGAUAUCCAAAAAAAGAUGUGCCUGAGAUUGCAAUUCACAUUGGCCUUUUGCGGCAGGGUUAUUCCCAGGGCAACUUAUUUCCCUUUAUGGAGGAAAUGCGUAAAGUUAAGGAGAUGGAAGAAGCUGUGUGUUACAGUCCUGAUGUCUCAAAAUUUACUGGGGAUGUUGAAAUAACCUACUGGAGUCAUGCAGCUGUCAACCACCUGCUUGCCCUGUAUAUUGAACACCAGGCUGGAAGUUCAUCCCCGGCAAGCAAAGAAAUAGUUUUCGAGAAAAUUAAAACUAAUAUGGUUAAAUUAGGAUAUGGUUAUACCAAAGAAGAAAUCCAAGAGCAGUUCAAAAUAAUCUUGACACAGUACAACACGAGGAAAUCAAAGCUGUGUGUGUCUCCAUCAACCCCUCAGCACUCCCACAACCCAGACAUCAUCUCCUACUGGAACCUGCUGCGGGAGGUGAUUCAGCUGAGGAGGUCCUUGUCCCUCAGUUGGACGAAAGGAGCAAAGGCCUUAUCAAGUGAGGCCAGAAACGUUUUAUAUAAUGUGGCUCGGCAAGAAGUUGAUAGGAUUGUGAGCAAGAAACCCAUAAGCAUGACUCAAGGCAAGAUUAUCACACAGAUUCUGCAAGAUAUACAAAUUCAUAUCAAGGCAAAAAAGCUUUUGGAUCCUGUGCCAAAAACACGACAAGUACGAUUGCAUCUGCUUGAUGCUUUGAGAAAAUAUGAGGAACAGAAAGAGACCAAUGAGGACAUAGCUUUCAUUCACCAUUUUUUGAAGGUUAACAACAUGACAAAGCUGUUCCAGGGGAACUUGACAGAUUCCGACAUCCUCGAACUUAAAUCUAGGUCUAAGAAAAGCUUGAAAAAGAGAAAAGGAAAAUACACAAACAGGACCUUAGACCCAAAGUUUCCAAAGAAUGGAAAGACCACACUGAAUUCUCUGACCUCUGAAGACUCCUCAGAAGAAAGUGAUACCAGUUCACUGCCUUAUUUUGAUGGUCUUGAUAGUUCUAAAGAAGUAAAUCAUGUUGAAGAUCAUGUUAAAGAGUGCCUCCUCCUUGGAUUAGAUCAUUUGAGAAAAAGUGUUGAUAAAGAUUUUUUGAACUUGGAAAGAAAAGAGAGAACAGAUUUAUUACUUGAAAAUGUUGACAGACCAGAAGCGAGUGUCAACAAGUUAUGUGAUAAUUCAUAUAAUUUCUUUUCAGAGAGGACAGAAUUGUUGUAUAAAGAAUUAUAUAAGAAUAAUUAUAAUAUUUUCCAGACUACUAAACUUGUUUUAGAAAAUGAAUCAGUCUACAAGUUCAUGAAUAAUAAUCAAGAAAUAACAUUAGAAUUCCCAAGAACACUUUCUCUUCAUGUGUCUAGCAAUUCAAAGGGAGAUAUUCAAGUAGACAAAAGAAAAGACUGUUUGAAAACAAGUAAUGAAGAGAGAAUAAACAGUGAUUACAAGUCAACAGAAACCACAUCAGAUAGAGAGACAAGGGAAUCUCACCAAACUACAAUGAUUAAUCAGUAUAAUGAUAAAGACAAAGUAAAAACAGAACCAGAAACAAGGAUUAUUCAGACAAGAUCAGACAGGAAGACUCGAUUCACAUUCUUUUCCAAGAUGCUCGCUGAAUCUGACUAUUGGAAGCACAGCUACCUCAACAUACAGCAGAUCUAAAAGACAAUCUCGAGAAAGACCUCAUUUUAACCCACAUCAAAUGGAAAGAAGAAAGCGAGGAAGGCCACAGAAAAAAAAAUCCUAUGCUAAGUCUAUGCUAUUAAAUUCUAUAGAAAAUGUACCAAAAGUUACUGCAUCUGAGAGUAAGGAAUCUCCAGUGAAUGUAAAACACCAAGAGCUGUCUGGCAAACAUGUUUUAUCAAUGGCAUACUCAGAUCCAGAAACCGCUGAUCUUGUUGAAGAAAAACUAGAUCAUGAUAAGGCAAAUGAAAAAAUAAUUCACACUUUAAAAAGUAUGCACACAGAACAGAAUGAUGUAAUUUCACAAAUGCAGAGUAUUUUCAAAAAUUUAAGAGAAAAAUUGGCAUAAGAGUAUAUAUUUGUGCCAAGAGAUAAUAAGCAUUAACAGUUGGAUAACUUCUGAAUUUAGGGAAUUGUUUUGAAAAUAUUUUGUAUACCUUUGGUAUAUUGAUGCUAUAUUAGCAUUGGUUGGUAAUAUAUGUGCAUUGCAGCAUGUGCAGGAUUGUAUAUAAAAAGAAUAAAGAACAUACCAAAAAGGAAA